AUGGAAGGCGCAACGUCUACCACUACCAUCACCCAACCGGGCCUUCAGUGGGAUUAUGAGGAACUCUUCUUCGGACCACAACCCAAAUGGACCGUGGAACCCAACAUCGACGUCAUUCGUAGUAUCGUUAAGUGCGAGCUCGCGCUGGCAGAAGACGCACAAUGCGAAGUCAAGUUUCUGGCUGAAGGCUCUAUCAACAAAGUCUACACAGUCAAAUGCGCCGACGAAAAGACAUACAUAAUGCGCGUCGCUUUGCCGGUCCAUCCUCGACUUCGGACACUGAGCGAAAUCGCCACCAUUGAAUUCAUCCGCGAAAACGCCGACAUUCCACUUCCAGAAGUGAUCCAGCAUGAUGCGAGCUUCACCAACGAGCUUGGAUUUGAAUGGAUGAUCAUGAACCUCGUCCCGGGCGCUUCACUGGAGACCCAGUGGCAUAAGAUUAGCUGGCUGAAGAAAGAACUCCUGGUGCGGAAGGUCAUCACCUACCUUACUCAGCUCUUCAACAAACGCUUCGAUGGGAUCGGCAGCCUCUACAUAAAGAAGGAUCUCGUGGAGCCAACUGAGAAAGGCAAGCCGUCGACGUUGCCGAUUGGAGAAACCAAGUACUGCCUGGGUGAGACAGUCUCUCUUCCAUUCUUCCUCGGAGACCACCUUACACAAAGCGUCUCACGAGGUCCAUUCAAGUCCAGUCGCGAAUGGCUAGCAGCUCGCCUCCAGCUCUAUAUCAGCGACUCCGACAAGAUCCUCUCGGACUCCUCCAUUCCCGAGGAUGACUACGACCAUAUUUCAGCGACAUGUGUCAAGCAACUCGCUAUAAAACUCAUGGCCAUUUUGCCGAAGGUGUUCCCCGAGAACACACAGGAGGAUUUUAUCCUCCACAAUCACGAUCUCAACACGCCUAACAUCCUAGUCGACGCCGAAGGCGAGCUCACUGGGAUUAUCGACUGGGAGUGCAUCCACACGUCACCGCUCUGGUUCGCGUGUCAGCUUCCUGAGUUUCUGUGUGGCCCUCGUCGUCACGAGCUCCCAAUGCAGUCCGAGUACAUGUGCCCGAACGACGAAACCGGGGAAGAAGAGCUCGACGAGCAAUACUGGGAUCAUAUGGAGGAGUACGAAAAGACAUGUCUGCGACAAUUUUUCUUCGAGGAGAUGCAGCGCGUCUUGCCUGAAUGGGUGAAUGCCUUACGGGAGAGUGAAGUUAAAGCAGACUUUGAGCUGGCGAUGCAGUACUUGGAUAAUGAGCUUCUGUAUCAGCAGAUCUCCGGAUGGAUCGAGGAGGUUGAGCAAGGGAAGACGUCGCGCAGUUUGAAGGACAGUUUCAGGGGUUGA